UUGUAUAAUGAGGACGGCUGCAACUAUGUUGAGUUCAUUAUAGUUUCAUACGGUUACUAUUCCAUUUAUACAUAAUUCAAUGUGGACUAUAUGCAAACCAUGAUUAAAACAGGUUUCCUACCUGUCCAGAUACUGCAUGAAGCGUUUCUGAGGGCUGAUACCAGAUUCACAUUAUUCUAGCCUAGAUCCUACUUCUUUUUAAAUGUCCAAUUGAAAUAACGCGAUGUGUUUAUUUCGGCGUAGGAAUCCUGUAACAUAAUAAAACAUUUCAAUAGUUGCUACUUGAUAAUCUUCUCUAAACGCUAAAUACAGAGAAGAGCUUGCGCCCUCGCGCCAUGCAGUCACCCAUCCCAUUUUAUCGUGACGUAACGGAGGAAAGGAGCGUCCGUCUUGGGUCCGCCAACAAAACAGAAACUGGGUCUAACCAAAUCCGUCAGCUAGCUAAACACACACAGCAGCCGAGGCAGAGAGCACAGAGUAGAGAGAUGAGAGCUGUCACUUCACGAAACAAGCCAGUCCUCCUUCGCAUAACUCCACGAAUAAAAAGCAAGGCGCAGCAAUCCUUUAGGCAACUGUAGUUUUUUUUCUCAGAGACGAAUAGACCCCCUUUUGGAUCCGUUUACCUUCAAUACCGUCUAUCCAAACAAACACCUGCUUGGGGAGUUCUUUAUGCUCGGAUGAGCCACUUCACCAAGGGACUAUAAUUCCUACUUCAUGUGAACGAAUCGGAGCCUAUGAUAAUAAUGCUUCCUAGCCCUGUUAUUUCUGCCUCCACCACGCCGUUCUCAGUCAAGGACAUACUGAAGUUGGAGCUUCAGCAGAAUGCUCAACAACAGCGGCUUGCCUCACACCUUGGGCCGCACCAUGAGCGCUCUCACCUGGGUCCACAGCAGCACCAAUACACCCUCCAGUCGCCCCCGUCUUGUAUGCUGGCCGGCAGGGACAGGAACAGCCCCAGCCCCGGGCUCUCGGAAGAAGAGGAGAGAAUGGCCUACCUGAGUAGUCUGACGGUUCAGGAGCGGCUGAUGGAGACGGGUCUAGCCGGGGAGAUAUUCGUUUCAGCCGACACCAGUCUGGAGGUUGAGCAAGAGGACAUAGAAGCCAAAGCUUGUGGCGCAAUGGAGGUGAGGGCCUGUGAGGAGUCCCCGCAGGCGCACUCGGACUUGGAGAGACUCCCAAAACAGCAGAGGACCCGGCGGAAACCGCGCGUGCUCUUCUCCCAGGCGCAGGUGUUCGAGCUUGAGCGGCGCUUCAAGCAGCAGCGUUACCUAUCCGCCCCCGAGAGGGAACACCUGGCGAACACUUUGAAACUGACCUCCACACAGGUCAAAAUCUGGUUCCAGAACAGGAGGUAUAAGUGUAAACGGCAGCGGCAGGACAAGACCCUAGAAAUGGCCGGACACCCUCACCAUCUUCCCCCACCUAGGAGAGUGGCAGUCCCGGUGCUGGUGCGGGAUGGGAAGCCCUGCCUGGCUGGAUCUCAGAACUAUAAUACAUCCUACAGUGUUGGAGCGGCCAGCCCCUAUAGUUAUAACGGCUAUCCGGCUUAUUCCUACAAUAAUCCAGUGUAUACUAACACAUACUCAUCAUGCACGUACUCUAGCCUGCCUACUCUAGCACCCAACUCUACUGCUAACGCUUUUAUGAAUAUGGGUCUGGCGAACCUGGGCGUGUCGCAAUCUCAGGCCCAAACACCGCAGGGAACAGCCUGCCAAGGAACUCUGCAGGGCAUUCGGGCCUGGUAGCUGAACGUGAUGAUCUGCUUGUUGAUUAACAGUUGAUCACGUCGAUCACUAGCCUACAGUGUUUUGGGGAUAAGGGAAAACCUGUCUGUGUCCCAUGCAGCAAAAUAGAAGGAUUUCUAAUUGAAAACCGUCACAUUGAGACUCGAUCAUCUUGUACUAAUAUAUUAGCUGUUUCCUCAUCAACGCGGCAAAAACAUGUUUUUUUAAAGUUGUUGGACUAUUCCAGAGUCACUGUUGGAUAUAGAUAUAUACUAUGGCAACAUUGCAGACGGACUAAAACGCGUACGCAACCGUGCGUAAUAUGGCCUUAAAGCUGUUGGGUGCUUGUGAACCAAGGAUGUGAAUGGCAAACAUUGGCAAUGGUUAUAUCUGAGCUAUUUACAUCAGAAAUAUGACUUUACCAGUAGCCUACUUUACCAGUGAAAACAGUAUUCUUCAACAACAUAACAGAAACUACUUAAAUAAAAGACCGAACAUGUGGAAGGAUUAUUUGUUGUUAUUUCGAAUUGACCAUUUGCUGCUGCCUUUUUAGUCACUUAUUUGAGUGAUUCUGCACUUAAACAAUGCCCGCUGCGGUUUUUAGAAAAUAAGCAUAUAUUGACAAAUAAAGUGAAACAUUUGGGUAUCAAAAAUCAGACGUGUUGAUAAUAUUUUCUGAGGGAAAAUAACAUUGCCGUAUCCUUACACUCUCCAUCGCAGUUUCGAAAAGAGUUUAUAAUCCGGCUGAUAUAUACUGUAACUGAAAGAGGGCGUUGGUACAGUUCAGUGUCCUAUGUUGCUUUGUUUAUCUAUAGGACCGCCAAAUUCCAUUACCACGAGGGGCAUAAACGUUCUCUUGGGAACUUGCUAAGGGAAACACAAUACACUUGCAAUUGUGUGUGUGUGUGCGCGCGUGUGCGUGUGUGUGUGGGAGAAAGAAAGAAAGAAAGAAAGAAAGAAAGAAAGAAAGAAGAAAGAAAGAAAGAAAGAAAAAAGAAAGAAAGAAAGGAAGAGAAAGAAACCUUGCAAAUGCCUUAUGACAUUUGUUACUGGCUGGUUUUGAGUUGAUAAAGAAAUGAAUAGCCGCGUUCUUUCAAUCUCAUUUGUAAAAGGUGAGCUGUGUUUGUAGUAGGCCCACACAUACAUAUGUGCGCACUAAUUUCGGAUAUAUGUAUACAGUUAUUUAAAUGCUUUGGUUGACGGUGGUUGAAGGGGUAGGCUUAUUUCGUGAUAUGUUCUUCUUAUCGGCCUUUGAGAAGCGCGCUUUGGGUUUUUAGAGGUAUUCGAGAAGGGGCGUUUGGUCUCUGGUUUGCUUUAGACAAAUUCAGGCCGUCAAUUAGGCCUAUGCUGAUUAUUUGUAAUCUAAAGAUACAAUUCAACUUUGGAAACAUUUAAUAUUACACGAUUAAAGCAAAAAUAAUUAAGCCUAUUUUAUUUCCCCCCAAAAUGCUAAUUAUUCUCUACUGAGCAUAUGUUAAAGUCCUGCAAAAAAGAUAUGGCUCUGCCAGCAUACUGAUCGCCAUUGAAGGCCGUUUUCCAGCCCUCGCUGUGUGAGAGUUGAGGGGAGAGUCAGAUAGAGGGGAGAGUCAGAUAGAGGGGAGAGUCAGAUAGAAGAGCAGGCCAGGAAUACAAACAGAAACAGACAAGAGCCAGAACUCAGACAUACAUAAUGGAGAAUGGAGAAUUUCGGCCAGAGACGGACAUUAUCCAGACAACGCGCUACAACAGUUUGAUCGCGCAUCCACGGAGGGCGUGGGGCCCACACGGAUACUGCUAAGUCU